GGCGGUGGCAGCGACUCACGGCGCGUCUCGGGCCGUCCCGCGAUGAGCAGCCCCGAUGCGGGCUACGCCAGCAGCGACGACCAGGCACAGGGGCGGUGCUCGCUGCCCAUCAUGAUGCCGGCCAUGUGCCCGUGGGCAGAGUCGCUGAGCCCGCUGGGCGAGGCGAAAGCGAAGGGCGAGGCGGCGCCGUCGGGGGCGACGGGAGGCCGGAGCAAGAGCGAGGCGCGGAUCCGACGCCCCAUGAACGCCUUCAUGGUGUGGGCGAAGGACGAGCGCAAGCGGCUGGCGCAGCAGAACCCCGACCUGCACAACGCCGAGCUCAGCAAGAUGCUGGGUAAAUCGUGGAAGGCGCUGUCGCUGUCGGAGAAGCGGCCGUUCGUGGAGGAGGCGGAGCGGCUGCGGGUGCAGCACAUGCAGGACCACCCCAACUACAAGUACCGGCCGCGGCGGCGGAAGCAGGUGAAGCGCCUGAAGCGAGUGGAGAGCGGCUUCCUGCAGCACGGCCUGGCGGAGGCGGCGGCGGGGCCCGGGCUGGGCAGCGAGGGCGGCGGCGGCGGCGGCAGCGUCGGCGGCAGGAUGUGCGUGGAGGGGCUGGGACUGCCCUACGCCGAGCAGGGCUACGGGGCAGCGGGCGCGGGCCACUACCGGGACUGUCCGCCGCUGGGCGCCGCGUUCGACGGCUACAGCCUGCCGACGCCGGACCCGUCGCCGCUGGACGCGGCGGAGAGCGAGGCGCCUUUCUUCGCGGCGGGGCUGCAGGAGGAGUGCGCGCUGGUGCCCUAUGGCUACGCCCCGCACCCGGCGGCCGCCGAGUACCCGGCGGCGGGCGAGAGCCCGGCGGGCGCGUCGCUGCGGCGGCACCUGGCACCCGGCGAGGCGCUGGGGCCGGGCGGGUCGCUGCAGGGGCUGCUGGGCUGCCCGGCGCCGCUGCACGCGUACUACGGGCAGGCGUGCCAGCCGCCCGGCCCGGGGCGCGGCCCGCCGCCGCUGCCGUCGGGGCCCGUGGGGCAGCCGUCCCCGCCGCCCGAGGCCGCGCCGUGCCGGGAGCAGCUGGAGCAGCUGCCGCCCGAGGAGCUUCUGGGCGAGGUGGACCGCACGGAGUUCGAGCAGUACCUGCGCUUUGCCUGCAAACCCGAGCUGGGGCUGCCCUUCGCCGGCCACGACGCGGCCGGGCUGGCGGCACCCGACGGCGCGGGUCCCAUCUCCUCGGCCGUCUCAGACGCCAGCAGCGCCGUCUACUACUGUGGCUACUCCGACGUGUGA